AUCAUCGGGGGCCGGGAAGCCCAGCCCCAUUCCAGGCCCUACAUGGCCUAUUUGUAUAUACAACGUGGAGACAAGAGUUCUUACUGUGGAGGGUUCCUGGUGUCGAAGAACUUCGUGCUGACGGCCGCUCACUGCAAUGGAGACAACAUCACUGUGUACCUGGGAGCCCAUAACAUUCAAAAAUGGGAACAGAGUCGACAGAAAAUCUCUGUGGGCUGCCGGAUCCCCCACCCGCAAUACAACAGAGAGACCCUUAACAAUGACAUCAUGCUGCUGCAGCUGUCACGCAAUGCAGUGCUGAAUAACUGGGUGCGGCUCAUCCUCCUGCCAAGCGCCAACUCCAGGGUGAGGCCAGGAUCCAUGUGCAGCGUGGCCGGGUGGGGUCUGACUGGCCGGAACUCAAGAACUGACACCCUCCGUGAGGUGGACCUGAAGGUCAUGAGGGACAACAUGUGUCGUGUGUACCGUGGAUACAACCCCUCAGCAAUGCUGUGUGUGGGGAAGCCUGGCCUGGGCAAAUCACCUUAUCGAGGUGAUUCUGGUGGCCCCUUGGCAUGUGACGGAGUGGCCCAGGGAAUCACUUCGUAUGGUGAUGGGAAUUUCUACCACCCCAGCGUGUUCACAAGACUCUCCACUUUCAUCCCCUGGAUCCAGAACAUUCUGCAGAAACAGCACUGAAGUAGACACCCAUUUUACUGGCUCUUUGGCUGGCUAGACCCGCCAUGGGCUAACUAGGCUUUGCGUGUGAAAUGCAGAUUAUCUUCAUUAGUCUUAGAAAAAUGCUAUGAAUUGAUUGGUGUCAAAAUGGAUUGGGGGUGGGGGAAGCAGUCCGUAGAUGUUGAGAUAAAAACUCUGUGUGUCUCUGGGAGUUUUAGGACUCUCCUACAGGAUUCUAGAGCAGGAAUCAGAGUCUCUCUAUUAAACCCUAUAGGAUGGUGAAGAAAAAAAACCAAACUAUAGAAAGGCUGGUAUUGAAGCCAGCACCCCUUAGAGGGACAAGGCCCAAUGUCCCAUUUCCCUCUCCCCCAUGAGCCAUUAGGUCCCACCUUCCUGAAGUCAGAUCAGAGCUGCUACCCUCCACAGGGGACAGGUCCCAUAUCUGACCUUUUCUAUUCCUACUGAUCCUGAUCUGGACCAUCAUUCUGCCCUGUGCAUGAAACCUUCACUCAGUUCACAUUGGGUG